AUGUGUGAGAAAGGUAUGAAUUGCAAGUAUGAUCAUGAUAAGGAGAAAAUCAGAAUUUGUCCUCUAUUUUUAUUGGGGAAAUGUUAUUCAAAAAACUGUUUAUUGUCACAUUCUCCAAAUGAUAACAACACGCCACAGUGUCGAUAUUUCCUAGGCAAAUCAUGUCAAAACCCCAAUUGCAAGUAUCGGCAUUUCAAACCGGCCAAUUAUAAUGACCCUAAUUAUGAAAUUUGGACUUGUCGACCAUUUGCAAUUGGCGGAUUUUGUCUGAGAGGUAAGAAAUGUCCGUUUCUCCAUUUGCUUAACUGUCCUGAUUUUGAAGAAGACAAUUAUUGCUAUUUGGGCAGGGAGUGUCCGCUCACCCAUCAGUUUACAUUAAAGACGCAAGAUCUGAUUGCCACAAAGUCAAACAAGUAUAUAAGAGAUGAAACUGUGGUCACGGAGGAGUCCACGCCGACACCAGUGAAAACAAUUAUUAAUAGUUAUACAGUUGAUCCUAAACUAUUGUUUGUUGUUGAUGAGACUGGAAAUUACCAGUUCUACAUAGACAACAAUGGUGGUGAGAAUAAUCAAUUUGAUCUGAAUUUUGGGUCUCUGAACGAAUUUUUAAUUGAGUUGUCUAGUUCAUCGGAAGAAAGUGGCUUGGACGAUUCGCAAGAUGAAGGAGAUGAUGAUAUUGAGGAGAAUGAAGAUUAUGUAGGUGUUUAG